UUUCUAUUAUUAAUAAGAGAAAAAAAAAUGUCGACAACUCUCAAACCAUACCUGAAUGCUGUAAAGUCUACUUUAACAGCUGCUACGUGUCUCCAGAAUUUCAAUUCUCAAGUCGUGGAAAGGCAUAAUAAACCAGAAGUCGAAGUUCGUAGCAGUAAAGAAUUGUUGAUGACGCCGUUGGUCAUUGCGAGGAACGAAAAAGAAAAAGUCAUGAUAGAAGCUUCAAUCAAUUCAAUCCGCGUCAGCAUCGCCAUAAAACAAGCUGACGAAUUGGAACAAAUUCUUUGUAGCAAAUUCACAAGGUUUAUGAUGAUGAGAGCUGAAAGUUUCGAUGUUCUACGUAGAAAACCAGUCGCUGGGUACGACAUUAGUUUCUUGAUUACUAAUUUUCACACAGAGAAAAUGUACAAGCAUAAAUUGGUUGAUUUCGUCAUUCACUUUAUGGAAGAAAUUGACAAAGAAAUAAGCGAAAUGAAAUUAGCUGUCAACGCACGUGCCAGAAUCUGUGCUGAAGAAUUUUUAAAGAAGUUUUGAAUAUAAGAUGCUGUAGAACUAGAAUUUCAAGUACUCUUUGCAUCUACAAUGAAUGAACUGGAAAAUGCCUUGAAACGAAGGUUUUUUCUCUAUGAAAGAUGUUUUAAAUUUAUCAUUAUAUUUAUCCAGUAUAAUAAUUAUGAUAUAGUCCAUAAUAUCCAAAGUGUUUAGUCAAUAUCAAUUUUACGAGAAUGAUAUUUUUUCUCCGAUUUCAAUGAUUUGAAUCACUGAUUAAAUUUGAUGAAGCCAAAUAAAGGUAAAACUUGAUAACAAAAAAUUUCAGUUUUCUCUUUACAUAAUAUUCAUAUGCUUGGUAUAUUAAUGCUUGAUUCUCCCAUGUCUAACUAUAUAUAUCAACGAUCUUAAGAGUGGAUAGGUUAUUUUUAUUACUAUAUGCAGAAUAUCUAAUUGAUGCUUAUUGUUAUAAUUGAAAUAACCAGCUGCUUAUUUUAUUAUCUUGUCUGGUUGGCUCCCAUGUUCUAUAUCCCCGCAUAUGAGCCGACCCCACAAAAACCGCUUUGAAAUAGUGAAUUUAUAAAAAUUCUCAUAUAAGCUGACCCUACAAAUCGUAACACACCGUAUGCACGUAUAACAGUCAAUGAUGUUCAAUUCGAAUUUAAUAUUCAAAUAUCGGUAUUCGCUACCUUCUAGUAUCGUUUUGUGUUUAUAUUAAUAUUGAAUAUCGCACACACAUUCUAGCGCCCCUGUCCACGUUUUAAUUAAAAACAUUUUUCGAUUAUUAUAUUUUAUGUUUUAUCGUAAUCGAAGACAGCCCAUUGUGACGCGACUAAAUUACUGCCGACAUGAAAGGAUUUAUAUCAGCGCCGACUUGCAGUACUUAUAACACGUCGUGGAUGUUUGAUUGAAAGUAUUUUACAAUUAUUAUUGAAUAUUUAACAUAUCUGGGCGACCACAGCAAAUUGUGUGAUAAAUAAUUGUUUCCAUUGACAGUGACCGAGAAUAACGGGAAGUUUUUUCAUUUCCAGCCUAUUAAAUAGCUUCUAAAUGUUAUUUAGUAUCUAUUGUUCAGUUUAAGUUUGCGGUAUUUAUUUAUGAAAUGUCAUUUAGUUCAAGUGCGAUCAGAGUUAUGCGCUUAUAAGCCGACACCUUAGUUUGACAACUUUUUUUUUAGUUUUGAACUCGGCUUAUAUGCGAGGAUAUAUGGUAAUUUGUUCUCAUCUGACCAGGCCACCUCAUUGAAUUUUUCACAACGGUAGCCCUGACCUCUAAUGCCAGCAUUCAUCCAUAUAUACUGCACAGAGUUUUGGCGAAAUGAAUUGAUUGUGGAAACAAAAACUUUAAAUAUAUUUUCCAAUUGAGAUUCUGACUGACUUAAUUUUUAGAUUUCAGCUCUAUUAUGUUCCCCCUUUGUUUGUUUCAAGGCACUGCCUUAGGAUCCUGUUGUUAAAUAUUAGGACCAAAUAUAGUUAUGUUAACUUUUGUGGCCAGUAUUUUCAGGGUAGGAAUCGUUACCAUAGUAACAUAUUAUGCUAUCAUUUUUGGAUGUUACAUAACUGAUAUCAAACUUAAUGUACUAGAAGGUAUAUUUUUGGAAUUUUCAAUAUAGAUAGGUAAUCAUUCGAAUAAUUUCUAUUUGUUGUAAAAAUUGACAUAAAAUUGGAUUUUACAGAAAAAUUACAAAAUUUUAGGAAAUCGUCUUUUUUUUUAUGUCAUUGAUGGAUCUUUGAAAAACAUCUUUCUCAGAUGCCAUUAACUUUAAGCGAGCUGAUGUAAUCAAUUUUAGUAAAUGUUUCGAAUUUAUCGCAAUUUUUUCGGGUACUAAAACCCCUGUUUUCCAUGUUGAUUAGGGAAACAUCACCCAUGUAACAUCUAUGACUGCAUUACAAUAGUUACAUUCAAAAUCUUGUUUUGCUGUUAUAUUAAAUUCAAUUAGUUGGAAAAAAGUUAUUAUUGGAUAUCAAAUUCAUGUUCUACUAUUAAAUGGUAAUAAUGAUAUUAUUCCAUGAUAUACUGUAUUCAUUAAUUAUGUGAUAAACAAUCGUUCUUGCUCUUAUUUCUUUUUUCAUUGAAACUAGCUGAUUAAUUCAUUGAUGAUUGAACAAUGUCGUUUUUCAUUGUAAAUUUUUUGUGGCAACUUUAAAAUUGUGCAUUUUCAAAAUUUAUCUGUAAUGCAAAUUAUCAACAAAGCAAAUUGUUUAAUGAUGGAUUGUGUAACCAGCCUGGGUCUAUUUUACUUAUGACACACCAUUAGCGAUUAUAUUUACAUGGCUUGGCCGAAUAUAAUCCUCAAGUGACAACAAUCUGUUUCUCGAGCAUAUUAGUAACUUGACAAAUACAAGAAGGGCUGCUUUUUUUUUGCUAUAUGAUUAUGAUCUUUCAUCUAACAAUGCUUUUGGGAGGUGAAAAUUAUUAUUUGUUGAAUAAUAUAUUUAAAAUUGUGUAUUGGUUUGGUUGUAAUUUCCAUUUGUAAACGUAUAGUAGUAGCAUUUCUAAGUGAUAUUGGGUAAUUUCAAUUUGAUAUUUGUUGGACAAUAUUUCUAAUUAACCAAUGUGCAUUUAUGUUUUUUUAUAUUAAUCAGA